GCUGCCCAAGAUGGCGUCUGGUGUGUGGCGCCUGAGAAGCGGAGGUUACCUGUAAGCAGUGACGGGAGGGGAGGUAGCAGGGAGUCCUCGGGAGACCCUGCUGCCUGUGCCCAGGAGGGCUCCUCAGCGGGUGUGCUCAGGGUGGGGGCUAUGGUGAUGCUGGGCUGCGCCUCUGGUUCUCUUUAAGGCAGCAGCCUCCCUGGCCAUGGCUCUAAGGGAGCUGAAAGUUUGCUUGCUGGGGGACACUGGUGUAGGCAAAUCAAGUAUUGUGUGGCGAUUUGUAGAAGACAGCUUUGACCCUAACAUCAACCCAACGAUAGGAGCAUCUUUUAUGACAAAGACUGUGCAGUAUCAAAAUGAGUUGCAUAAAUUCCUAAUCUGGGAUACAGCUGGACAGGAACGAUUCCGUGCUUUAGCACCAAUGUACUACCGAGGCUCAGCAGCAGCUAUUAUAGUUUAUGACAUCACAAAAGAGGAAACCUUCUCAACAUUAAAGAACUGGGUGAAAGAACUUCGACAACAUGGACCUCCAAACAUUGUUGUAGCUAUUGCGGGAAAUAAGUGUGACCUUAAUGAUGUAAGAGAAGUCAUGGAAAAAGACGCUAAAGACUAUGCAGAUUCCAUCCAUGCCAUAUUUGUAGAGACCAGUGCUAAAAAUGCAAUUAACAUAAAUGAACUCUUUAUAGAAAUUAGUCGUAGAAUUCCAUCAACUGACACCAACCCCCCAUCUAGCGGUAAGGGCUUCAAACUUAGAAGACAGCCUUCAGUGACAAAACGCAGCUGUUGUUGACUGAUGCUUUAGAAAAUCAGACUUGUUUUGAAAGUAGGUGGUCUUGGAAGCUAAUAGUUUAUGUUGGGUAUAUAUUAUUGGUCUUAGAACUUAUCUGCCUGAUGUUCAUACUUCAAGGUCCCACAAAAAUGGACCAGCUCAUCUGACAUCUGUAUGCUCACAGAAGAGACUGCAGUCAUGAUAAUGUCAGCCUGUUUACUUACAACAUAUAUAGUGUCUCUUGUAUUCAAAGGGAAUCCAUCAUCAGUUCUUUGGCCUUGCGUGAAAGGAAUGUUGACAUAUGGAUGGUAGGACUGAAAUGUUUAAUAGUUUUGUAAUCACCAUUAUAUGUAAUGUUUUUUGUAAAAGGGAAAUGAGCACUUUCGUGGUCCAGAGGGAUGAGGAAGGGGGAAGAAACAGCCCUGUUGAAAUAGUGACUUUAAUUUUAAGGCUAUUCUGCUACCCUUUCAAUUGUUAUAAUAAGCAUUAUUUUAAAUAUAAUUGUAGCUAAUCCAAAGUACAGUGAGGCAAUUGGUUGUAGAUGGCUACAAAAUAAGUUACUGAUAAAAAUGAGCAAAUCAGCCCAUCCAGUCCCCAGAUCCCACUUGCACUUUUUAUUUAAAGGUAUUAUGAACAAACAAGCAAUGAAUUUUAAACCAUAGACAAUCUUACCUUUUCAUGCUGGCUUAAUCAUUUAAAGGCAAACUGAUACAUUUAUAAGCACCUAUUUGUUUUUAGUAAGCAUUUUUACUAUUAAAAAUGGUGGUCGAAGAGAACCUAGCUAAAACUUUCUAAAUUUAAACUUGAGCAUGACUGACUGACAACAGGUGCCGUCAGUAGUUCUAGUAAGACUUUAAUAUUUUGGGGGAAAGCUCUUUAUUGCUUCGCAUGUGUAAAGUGUUUGUACUAUAUUUAUGAGACCAAUGCCUAAAGUAUUAUAAAUUAUGUAAAAGCAGUUGAGAAAUCAGCUUUCUUCAGUCUUUCCAUUCCUCACCCAUUGAUAGAAUCUCUGGGGAUCUCCAACGAUUCUGUCCCUGCUUGUGAGGUCUUACAUUGCAAUCAGUGACCUCUUCCAGAAGAAGGUUGGGUGAUGCUCCCCUCCUAUCACAUCUGCAUUUCUGCUUGAAAUGUUUGGUAGAUGUCGCUGUUGGUGAAGCAUGUGGCUUGUCCAUUGAGCAGAUCACCUCUGCAGUGCACCCAAUCCUUGCUGGCUGAGGCACAAAAACACAAACAGGAAACCAAAUCCAAGUCACGUAUGGUAGCGUAGAUCGUUACCUCUUGGUUCCUGGGUCUAGCCCAAAUAACUUUUUAAUUACUUGGCAUUUUUUUAAGCAAAUCAGCUUUUAGCUUAUGUUGUAUUGUUUUUCUUACAUUUUAUAUUAAACUAUAAAUUGACCGUAUCCUAUUACGCUAUUUUCAUUAUUUAUUUUUAGUUUCCUCCAGAGC